AUGGCCUCAUCAUCCCGGUCAACAGGCAAACGCCUCCCUAUUAGUUGCCAAGCCUGCCGAAUGAGAAAGAUCCGGUGUUCGCGCGAUGGCAGACCCUGUCAAACCUGCGUACGCCGUGGCCUCGGCGCCGAAGACUGCAUCUACCUCGGCCAGCCCCGUUUGUCAGCUGAGCAAUCCUCACCAGGCGACAGCGCAGUGCAAAGUGAGCUACUGGCUCGAAUCAGGAACCUGGAAGCCUUGCUUCAGAAACAGAUGGCUUCCCAAGUUGGAACGCCCACCGGUGGCGCGGUUUCGCCACUGGGUGGGACGAGUGCUACUGGCAGUUUCUCCGAGUCUGAUAUUGGUCCUGGAUUCGAGACAUGGGACUCGUUAGGUCCCAUGCUGGGUAAUGUGGGCUCUUUGCAUACCUCGCCUUCCGGCCAUGUCCGUUAUGUGCCUAUUGCUUCUCGGUGGGAGUCGAUUGUUGCGAAGAGCCCCGCUGCGGAGUGUUUGAGAAGUUUGGAUUCGGAGAUUGCAGAUGAUGAUGAUGAUCUGCAGAUCCCGUUAGUGAGGAAUGGAAGUGUUUCGAGGACCGAGUUGCUUGGGGUUCUUCCGCCUGGGAGGUACUGUGAUACGCUGAAAGAUGUCUAUUUUCAGGUUUUUUCUACGGUCUUUCAUAUUCUUCAUGACUUGACAUUUGAGGCAGAAUAUCAGCAAUUCUGCCAUGACCCUAGCAGUGUUUCAACGUCGUGGCUGGCUCUGCUAUUUGCUAUUCUUGCCAUAGCUGUCAGCGCCCUUGACGAUGAUCAUCCCCUAUUAGCAGAUCUCGGGCGCGAGAGAACAGUCAGCCGAAAUAUCAAAGCACUAUCAGCACGAUAUCGGUCUGCUUCACUGCGAUGUCUAGCUGCAGAUGGAGUCGUGUCUCGUCAUUCUAUCAACUCCCUACAAGCCUUAGUGCUCAUAUGCUACGCAAGACUUCAUCGAGGUCUCCCAGUAUGGACAUUGCUCGGAUUUACACAGCAUGUUGCCAUUUCGAUGGGCUGUCACCUCGAUCCAGAGCGAUUUGCCCUAGGUCCAAUCGAGCGCGAAGAACGACGACGGGUCUGGGCCGGAUUGAUGAUGCUUUACACCAUCCAAAACACAUCAUUUGGUAGCCUUGAUCAGCAAAAGUUAACACAAGACGUGAAAAUGCCCGCCGACAUCGACGACGUCGACCUUUUAACCGGAUCCAACCAUAGAUCUGCACCCUCACCUUCUACCUCUCGCCCAACGCAAAUGACCUACCUUCUGUUUAAUUACCGCCUCUACAAAAUCACAUCAAAAAUCACCGAGUCAAUAUUCACCUAUCCCCACGCCUCCCGCUUUACAGUAUCUAAUCUCGAAGCGGAACUAAUAUCCGUACGAGAAAUGUGCGACGCCCGCUACCAACUCGACUCCGAGCCUCUGCCCAUUCACCACCAGGCAAACCUCCACAUCCUUUAUAGCCAAAUCCACCAGCUCCUCCUCCUUCUAUUCCGCCCGAGUUUAUGCCGCUAUAUCCAGGGAGAAAUCACACCCGAAACAUGCGUCUCAAGGGCCAAAUGCAUCGCGUCUGCAAAAGCCUCACUGGCUAUAUUCCAGGCUCUCCUCGAGUCCCCUCAGUUCAAACCAUACAAAUGGUACACCAGUGGCCUAGGAAGCUUCCACGCUUUUCAUGCUGCAGUAGCACUAGCAGUAAUGCUCCUCGUUCCAGAGAGCCUGGCUGAGUACGAAGAGAUGAAAGAGAUUCUCGACCAAGCACUCGACUCAUUCGCUUCGCUCUCAGUCCGCAGUGUCUUCUGCAGCAAAGCUGUACCCGUUCUUCGACAAAUUCUCGACGUCGCGAGCACAAAAUACAACGAUCAAAAAUCUCACUUCCAAUCCCACUCCCAAAUCCACCUCCAGGCCCAGGCCCAGACUCCCGUUCAAAUCCACAAUCCCCUCCUCAAUGCAGUCUCAACACCGAUAUCCACCAUGUCAAAUCUAUCCCCGGUGGUCACGAUGCAAGAUACUUACGUCCUCUCCCAACCACACCCGCACUCGAACUCUGGAUCUCCAGUACCGACAGUGGUAUCAUCAUCCAGUGAACCAAUCAUGCAUUCUAGUUUUGGCGCCCAGCUUCAUCCGCAGAAUUGGAUUGGUCCUACCUCUGUACCGUGGGAUGCGUUGGGCUCUGUCGUUGGGGGAUAUGGGUAUGGUCCUAAGCCUUAG